AUGCGGCCUCAGUUAGCGGGCACCGAUCGCCCGCAAGCCUACGGGUCUAACUACGUCUACUGCAAAGGAUGUGGCAUUACAGGGCCCGACUGCCGAACCGCUUUGGUGUCUUUGGCGAUGAUUCUCGUUCCCUCGAUCGUUUUUAUGGCAUGGAGUUCGCCAUGGUAUGAGUGUCGCUACGGCGCGGGCGUCCCUGCGACGCAGGCGUGUCUCGUCGUCUUCACGCUCUACUUCUUCUGCAUCACCGCAUGCAGCGACCCGGGCAUUCUUCCGCGGCACCGGAGCCCGAUGAGCGCCUACGACCCGCUUACAGGAGCGUAUCGUGUGCGGCAGCCUCCUCGGCAUCAGGAUGUGGUUAUCAACGGCAACAGCAUCCGCCUCAAGUUCUGUACGACGUGCAACAUCUACCGGCCGCCGCGCAGCGUCCACUGCGCGGUCUGCGACAACUGCGUGGAGCGCUUUGACCAUCACUGCCCCUGGAUUGGCAACUGCAUCGGACUGAGGAACUACAGGUCGUUCAUUUGCUUCGUCAUCUGCUGCUCGCUGCUUUCCCUCUUCACCUUCGUCUGCAGCGCAGUCAAGCUCGCCUUGGUCAUCGUGGACUUCCGAUCCGACGGCAUCGGGGGCGACGACGUGUUUCACCGCAUCUGGUCUUACGCGGCGGACUCGAUUCUGCUUCUCGUGUACACUUUCAUCCUUUCUUGGUUUGUUUUUGCGCUUGUCGCGUAUCACGGCUACCUGAUCGCGACGAACCAAACGACAUACGAGCAGAUCAAGAGUUUUUUCUACGAAGGCAACCCGUGGAGCAGAGGCCUCUGGGGCAAUCUAUCGGACGUUUUCUGCCGGCCGGUGCGCGCGCGCUACUUCGAUCCCCAGAAGCCAAUUGUCUGCUUUCUCGAAGAGGAGGAUCUCGCGCGCAGCCCCAGUCCGCGCGAAGAGCGAGAGCCGAACGACGACUCCGCCGUCGACACACCGUCUCCACUGGCGCGCGAGGAAGCGGAUUUUCUGUCGCCGGCGACGGACUUGGAUCUGCCUCUGAGUCAGCGGCCCUUUGCGAAUCCGCACUCGGGACCGGGGACGGACGCGAGCCCCGUGGCCUGUGCAGACGGCGAGGCGUCGCCGGAGUCUCCGCAGCGUCUCUCGCCGCGGCCGCCGUCCCCAGUGAGUUUCGCGAUUCAUCCAGUCAAGCGCGCGGAGCGAAAGCCUCAGACAUUCUUCCCCGCCUCUUCGCCCUCGCGCCCAGGCAGCGCGAGCCGCGACGCCCCAGCUGGAGCUGCGAUUCCCGCAGCCUCAACGACCUCAGCAGUCUCAGCAGCCGCGCCAACUCGAGACAAAACUGACAGAGACGUCCGCCAGGAGCGCAGCGCCGCGGCGGACGGCGCACAGCAGCCGCGGGAGGCUGAGAGACACGAGGCAGAGGAGGGGAGGGCGCCGCGGUCGCCACCUCUCGACAGAGACAGGUCACCGCCCGCUGCGCGCCCGAAGACCCAGGCCUCGGGCCACGUGCCCCCCGCGACCCGGGCCGGCGCCGCCCCGCGCUCCACCACGUCUCGACGCUCGUCGCGCGCCGGCGCUCAGCUCGAGGCGGCUAGCGAGAGAGCUGCGGCGAGCGCAUCGGCGACUUCGCAAAGCUUGCAGUCUGCGGCGAACACGGGGGACAGCGAAGCCGCAGCGCCGCCUCGUCAGUGCGUGGUGACGACGGCCGUCGUUGGGCGCCCUGCGGACUUUCCGGAUGGCGCGCCGAGCGACGACGUCGCGUCCGGGUCGGCUGAGGGGUCCCCGCGCGCCACUUUCCACUCCCCUGCGUCGCUGUCUUUCUCUUCCUGCGGAUCCGGCGGAGAAGACUUCCCCCUUCCCCCACGCGAUACCCGGCCCCGAGACGCCGCCGACCCGACCGCCCACGGAGACCGGCCUCCUGAGGACCCUGCAGCCCGUACGCAGCCGCAGAGGGGCGAAGCGCCCUCAGGUGGCGACCUCGCUGCCUCGGCUGCAAGGGAAGCGCCCACCGCGACUCCUGUCGACGAGCGAGGUUCAUUCGGAGUCGAGAGGCCAACGCACGACGCGGCAGUCCGCGGCGUGUGUGCGCGGGGCGGGCCUAGCGCAGAGAGCGGGCUGGCGGCGCGAGGAGGCGGUGAGCGCGAUGUGGGGACUGGCGCCCAGGCAGGCGCCGAAGCGGGCGACGGGGGAGGCGACUACUUGGUUUACUUCAAGUCAGAGGUCUCCGCGGUUCACUACUCGAUUGACGCUUCCUCGGGGGCCACAGGCGGGGCGGCGCCCGCGCGCGAGCCCGAGGAGGCGAUGACCUUCUGCUCCUGGCCGCCGGAGCGCGUUCUCCCCUUCUCUUCGAGGGACGGCGCCAGCUGCCCGUGCCUGCCGCCGGCGGCGGCGCCGGCGCGGAGUCGGCAACUUCAGACCGCACACGCCUCGUCGUCGGGCGGCUGCAGUGCCUUCCGGAUCUUUUCGAGCUGCUUUUUCGCGGUGCCGGUGCCCUGGGGACGAAGUUGCCGCCCGACGACGCGGCGGCCGGGCCCCGCGACCCUCCCCCCGUCGCAGGCACGCGUCUCAGAAGGCAGAAGGGACGCCCCCCGCGACCGCGGCGGCGACGCGCCGGCGAGCGCUGGUCAGGCGCCCCUCGCGCGGCUGCAAGGUUCCGGACGCCGCGUGCUGCAGGCCUUCUCGCCCGGAAUGCGGCUGACCGGGGCGCCCGCAGUCGAGGGCGAUCGCUGGAGCAGCGAGAAGCGGGCGCAGGCGCAGGCGGGCGACUUCUUCCGCUCCGCGACUGGGCCGGCCUCCGCCUCUGGCGGCGGGGCGGGCGCCGCCGCCGCCUCCGAGCCCGCCUCGGGCUGGAAGGCCCGACCGUCUCCGUUCGAGCCGCCCGGGGCGCGAGGGUGUCCGACGCGGCGCGGAGAGCGUGGCGACGGCGACGAGAGCGACAGUGGCGCCGGGGGGAGGCCGCGCGACGCAUCUAAAAAAGAGCCAGAAGUCGACGCGAGCGACGCCCGCGCUGAGAGGAGGCGCAGCGACAAGCACCUCACCCACUGCGGUCCACAUCUGCGCCUGCCGCGCUCGCUGUCCCUCCGGAGGAGCGCGGAGCCGAGGUCGCCGGCGCAGGCCGGCAAGCGCGCGGCGCUGCGCGCCGCUUCCUCCGCCGACCUCUCUGCGGCGGCGCGCGCGACGCGCCUCGCCUCGGGCGUCCAGACGGCGGCGAACUCCGACUGCGGGAGCUCGCCGGAAGAGGGCGCGGAGGCGGGGCGGGGGCUGCUGCGGGCGCACGCGCCGUGUGCCGCCGCGAGACAGGGCUGUGGGUGCUGCGCGCCGGCACGAAGCCGCCGCGCAGACCCGCCGUGCGUGGGCGCUCUCGGCCAGGACGAGGAUCUUGACACCGGGAGUGGCUGCGCGGCGGGGGAGAGUUGUUGCCGCUCGGGCAGCGGGCCGCACGGGCGGGCGACGACGUCCUGCCUGGGGGGCAAGCGCAUGCGGGACCUCGUGCUGCGGUGCGGCUCGAUCGCCUGCGUGCUGCCCGACGAGGAAGAGGACGAGGACGGCGGGCCCGUCGCGCGGGGGCCUGCCACAUACAGCCGCGCGCUGCAGAGCGCCGAGAGCUUCGAGGCGACCGGCGCGGAGGUGCUCGGCCGCUGGAGCGACGGCGCGAUUGUCAUGGCAGAAAAACGCGAGUGGGAGGUGCUGGAUCGAUCCAGCAGCCGCAGCGGACAGCCGCCGGAGGGGGCGCAUGCAGCCCGCGGCCCAGAAAAACAUUCGCCCUAA